UCUCCCUCGGCUGCCCGCCCCUGAGUCUGGAGCAGCAGCAGCAGUGGAGCUUCACUGCCUCUCCUCGCCUCACAGUGCGGGAAUAUACCAGCGGAGAGCAGAAUGGAUACGGAAGGGAGCCAGAGCAGCCUGUCCUCCAGCACGGACAACUCCCCCCACGACCCCUGCAAAAUGUUCAUCGGGGGUCUGAGUUGGCAGACAACACAAGAGGGCUUGAAGGAGUACUUCUGUAAAUUUGGCGAGGUGAAGGAGUGUAUGGUGAUGCGGGAUCCCGUUACCAAGCGGUCGAGGGGGUUUGGGUUUGUAACAUACGCAGAACAAGCCGGCGUGGAAAAGGUUUUGGCGCAAAACAGGCACGAGUUGGAUUCCAAAACGAUUGACCCAAAGGUGGCGUUUCCCCGCCGGGCCCAGCCUAAGCUGGUGACCAGGACAAAGAAGAUCUUUGUCGGAGGACUGUCAGUCAAUACCACCAUCGAAGAUGUGAAGCAUUACUUCGACCAGUUUGGAAAGGUCGACGAUGCCAUGCUUAUGUUUGACAAAACAACCAACAGACACAGAGGCUUUGGCUUUGUUACCUUUGAGAAUGAAGACGUCGUGGAAAAAGUGUGUGAGAUCCACUUCCAUGAGAUCAACAACAAAAUGGUCGAGUGUAAGAAAGCCCAGCCCAAGGAAGUGAUGACACCGACAGGCUCAGCCAGAGGCCGCUCCAGAGUGAUGCCCUAUGGGAUGGAUGCCUUCAUGCUGGGCAUCGGCAUGCUGGGCUACCCAGGUUUCCAGACUACUACCUACACCAGCCGCAGUUACUCUGGAAUUGCUCCUGGUUACACUUAUCAGUUCCCAGAAUUCCACUUAGAGAGGACCCCCCUCCUGACAUCAUCCCACCCCCCUGAGCUGGCAGCCAUUCCCCUGACUGCGUACGGACCAAUGGCAGCAGCCGCAGCAGCAGUAGUUAGAGGCUCCACCCCUUCACGCACAGCUGGCUUCCUGGGAACCAGCAGCCCUGGACCAAUGGCUGAACUGUAUGCUGCAGCCAAUCAGGACUCAGGAGUCAGCAGCUACAUCAGCGCCGCUAGCCCCGCCCCCAGCACAGGGUUCGGCCACGGUCUAGGGAAAGCCUAUCCGCUCUUGUCUGUGUGUCCUCAGGGUCCGCUGAUUGCUACUGCGUUCACUAAUGGCUACCACUGAGAAGACUCAGGUCACUGAAGAUGGGAGGGCUUCUCCUCUGCUGAUGAGCCAAUCAAAAUGCUGGCUGCCCACUGAUGGUACAACCUGAUUGGCCGGCCACAGGCUCUACCGGGAUCUCCUGGCUCCCUGUGGCUCCACCCACCGACUGAAUAUCUUUUUAAAAUCCUGAACUCUUUUGCUGUACUAAUCUCACUUCAACAUAACAUCCCCGUCUCUCUCCUCUUUUGUCCUCAUGUAGUCUAAUAACUAGGUCUCCCCCUCCGUUAUCCAUUAGUUUCUUUUGAAGGUGAGAAAAGAAAACUGCAAAAAAAAAAAAAAAAAAAAAAAAAUCUCUGAGGAAAAAAUUGUCAUCUUUGACAAAGACACAGAGGACUAUUUUGAGUUUUUUUUUUAUUAUUAUUAAUUUUAUUUCAAUGUGAUAUGUUGUUUCAUCAUGAAAUCCUUCAAAGCUGUUACUGAUGUGAACAGAGAGAGAAAAAGCCGUGCAAGAUGGGUCUUUGUCUGAAAACCGUUUUUAACAAAGGAAGAACAAAUCCAACAAAGUCCUUUUUUAAACUCGAGCAUCACGGAAACAUGGAAAAAAAAAACUAAAAUGUAUAUUUUGCUAGUCUUUAAAAACAAAACCUUUGUAAUAUUGUUAUUAAUAUUGACAUAAUAAUGAUAAUCUGUAAGGUAUUUUACUCUGUAAUUGGUUUUAAAGCAAUGUUUUUAUGUCUUCCUGUAAGAUAUUGUACAUAAACGUUGGGGUGAGGGGAGGGUGGGGGGUGGAGGGUUUACUGAACCGGCUGGCAUGUAAUGGGUUGGUUUGGAAAGGGUUAACAGCGAUUUGACUGGAUGUCAUCUACUACUAUGUGUGGUCAUCUCACUACUUUUAUCAGUAUGCAUACGGUAUAUGUGUACGUUCUUUGGCCAGUCCGCUCCAGCGACUCUUCAGCACAGCGCUGCCGUCGAUAGCUGUUGAGAAAUAAAAAUUCCAGGAGUUUGUCUGGCAUAUUCGUUCAGUUAAACCAUAGUUUUUGUUACAAAGUCAUCACUUUGUUUGGUUUGCUUCUUGAAAAAGCAACAUUAUAAUUUCAACACCAUGAUGAACCAGAUUUCUUGCAUCUUCAUGAAAACUACUUCAGAUUUAAGGCGAUGAACGUUGGAAGAAUCACAAACAGGAGAAAUCAGGGGUUCACGGGGUCGGGGGUUGACUUGACUUCCUCUUUUUUGAAAAUAUUAUAUAUAUUUUUUUGCGCGAUUCACUUCUUAAUGUUUUUUGUUUAUUGUUUUCUUUUUUUAAAAAUUCUUUUAUGCGGUGUUCGCCGUGAAAACAAAAUGAAGGACAUUCUCAGAGAAGCAAUUGUAGAAAACAUCACAAUCAUGUUCUGUCCUCUUAUCACUAUUGAAGGUGCAUGUGAUUGCGUCUGAGUGUGUGUGAGUGAGUGUUUGUGCGCAUACAUCAAGGUGUAAUAUGGAACUACUUUUGGCAACGAAGGAGCAUUUCGAUUGCCAUUUUUUUUGGUACUGAAAAAAAAAAAAAAAAGAUCGCCCUGCUCCAUUUUGGCUCAUCUGCUCCUCUCCCCUGCCUCUCUCCCAUUUCAUAUUUAGUUGGAAUAAAUUUGUGCUCCUCUGGAAGCAACAUAUUAUUGUUUAUACACAGUUGCUGCUCCGUGUAGUGGUGAACAGAGGGGGUUUGGGCAGGGAACCAGAAAUGGAACAGGGUCUCGCUCCCAGCCGGCUCUGAUACAGGACCUCAGUACAGACGACACUGGCUGGCAGGAAAAGUCAAAAAGCUGGAACAAAUUCAACAUUUGCAAAAACAAGAAGCCUGUUUGUUCAGCCUUCUUGCUGCAGCCUGUUUGAUGUUCAGCACAGCAGAAAACUUCCUGAUCCAGCCAGUGGUUCUUCUGUCAGACCGCCUGGGACACGACAUAAAACUACUGCUGGACACCAACACUGUAACUUUUUAACUUACAAUAAAGCAAUAAGUUAUUUUUUACCUUACAAAUGAAAAUAGUACUAUUAUUGGUAAUAGCAGACGACGUGUGGAUAAUUCUGCGGCAUUAAGACUUAUUUUCAGAAAAAAAAACUAUAUUUUUCUGUUUUGAGAUCUUGUUCCCCUUGUAUAUUGAUUUUAAUGCUGUCUUUUGUUGUGUUGAUGUAAGGAAAAGGGCCAAUGCUUUGGAUGGAGCUUGUAGCUCUACAUGAGCUGAGUUAAAGUUUAAGAUUUGGGCUGUCCCCCGCCAAGCUUUACAGCAAUGCUUUUCUUUUUUCCUUGUUUUAUUUUUCUGAUAAUUUCAAUUUUAAAAUCCUAAUAAAUUAUUCUAAAGCA